GCGCAUAACAAAUCAUCUCCGCAAGAUUUCCCUCCUCGAGCCCCAAUUUUCAGACCUGCGCGUGCUGGAUUCGAGAGCGUAAACACAGGCGGGAGUGAAGCGUCUUUAGCUGGGUUCCGUUUCAGAUGUGAUUCAGCACCGCAAACAACGUGGGUGUUGUGUGCGUGCGUGUGUGUGUGUGAGAGAGAGAGGGAGUGUGUGUGUAUGUGUGCGUUUUUUUUUUAUGGUGGGGAGUGGAGGAGCGGGAGGAGAGCAGCGAUAUGAGACGCGUGUGUUGAUGCCUCCUGCGUUCAGCCCUUCUCCUCUGACUGACUGACUUACUGACCACCGGCUCUCUGUUUUUUUCACCUGUGUGAACGACCUUGCGAUUGUGACCGAGAUAUCCCCCCCUCCAAAAAAAAAAAAAAAAAAAAAAAAACAAGGUUUCCAUGGAGGAUCAAUCAGUCGCUUUAUCCGCGAGGGCUGAAUUUGGUUCCUGCUGCUCUCAAGACUCAAGAUAAGAGGAAGGCUCCCUCCCUGAUUGAGAGUGAUUCACCCCGCAAAGCUUUUCUCGCCACCUUUUAUCACCGGCAUCGUUAGCACCGUUAUCCAUGAGUGCAAGCUGAGAAAGGUCAAGCUCCCCUCUCACGGAGAACACCAGUGCCAUUUCAAAGCUUAUUGGAUGAAAAUCUCAUUUGCCCUUGGCUGCCAAAGAUGACGUUGCCAUGGAAACAGCUUCUACUGUUAUCAAUCAUCCACUGUCUGGCAGAUUGUCUGGACAGUGGAUCGUACCAUGGCCCAAGAUGGAGGAUGGAACCAGGUGACUUGUUCAUUCCUGUCGACUCCAUAGAAGAAGAAGCGACUCUGACCUGUGACGCAAAGGGAAUACCAGCUCCUCAGUACAGAUGGUCAUUGAAUGGGACUCUCAUAAAUCUGGGCCUGGAUCGCCGGCGGCGUCUGUCCGGGGGCAACCUCAUUAUAAGCAGUCUGGAUCGCUACCAGGAUGUAGGGAUGUACCAGUGUAUGGCGUUCAACACUGUAGGAGCCAUCCUCAGCAGGAGAGCAAGUCUGCAGUUUGCCUACUUAGAUCAUUUCAAAGUCCACACCAGAAGCGCAGUGUCAGUCAGAGAGGGCCAAGGAGUGGUGUUACUCUGCGGGACACCCACUUCCUCAGGAGACCUUACUUAUGCGUGGGUCUUCAACGAGUACCCGUACUUUGUUCAACAAGACAAUCGACGUUUCGUCUCCCAGCAGACGGGAAACCUUUACAUCGCCAAGGUGGAGCCGUCCGACGUGGGUAACUACACCUGUGUAGUGAUGAACAGCAUCACAAAGGGCAAAGUGCAGAGCUCACCCACGUCUCUGAUCCUCAGGACCGACGGAGUGAUGGGCGAGUACGAGCCGAAAAUAGAAGUUAAUUUCCCAGACAAUGUGCCCGCCGCGAAAGGAUCAACAGUUACGCUGGAGUGUUUCGCCCUUGGGAACCCUGUGCCUGAAAUCACCUGGAAGAGGGCUAACGGCGUCCCCUUCCCCAGCAAAGUCAAAAUGAAGUACUCGAACGCCGUGCUGGAGAUCCCCAGCUUCCAGCAGGACGAUACGGGAGGAUACGAGUGUGUGGCUGAGAACAGGAUGGGCAAGAACACAGCCACCGGUCGUCUGGCCUUCUACGCCAAGCCUCAGUGGAUCCAGGCCGUGAAGGACACAGCCCUGGCCAUAGAGGAGAGACUGUACUGGGAGUGCCGGGCCAAUGGGAAGCCGAAACCCUCCUACACGUGGCUGAAGAACGGCCAACAGCUUCUCUCGGAGGACAGAAUCCAUGUGGAGGAUGGAGUCCUGUCAGUGUCGGCACUGACGCUAUCUGACGCUGGCAUGUACCAGUGUGUGGCUGAGAAUAAACACGGUGUCAUAUAUUUUGCUGCUGAACUAAUGGUUUUAGCCUCUCCACCAGACUUCACAGGAAAUGUCCUCAGAGCUUUGCUCAAAGCCAAGGCAGGAACUACAGUGACUUUAGAGUGCAAACCGCAGGCCUAUCCCAUUGCCAGCAUCCUAUGGAAGAAAGGAAACCUGCCUAUCCACACCAAUGACAGGAUCACGUUAUCCCCGGAUGGAACGUUGAGGCUUGCCAACGUGAGCAGGUCUGACGCAGGCAGCUAUACAUGCUUCGCUCGGAAUAGAUUUGGCAUGUCGAGUACAACUGGAAGGCUCCUUGUUACCGAUCCGACCAGAAUCACCCAGGGGCCAACAGAUAUGGAGAUUAUUGUGGGCGAGAGCAUCGUGUUACCCUGUCAGGUCACCAGUGACCCCGUCCUUGACGUCUCUUUCUCCUGGGCCUUUAAUGGACAGCUCAUCGCCAAGGGAGACGGUCACUUUGAGCUCGUGGGUGGGAGAACAGCAGGAGAUCUGAUGAUCAGGAACAUUCAGCUUUACCAUGCCGGCAAAUACAUCUGUGUGGUGGACACGGACGUGGAGAGCCUGUCAGCCGUGGCCGUAUUGAUUGUGAAAGGUCCCCCCAGCCCUCCAGACUCUGUGACGGUGGAGGAGGUGACAGACAGCACAGCCCAGCUGGCCUGGAGCCCCGGCAGAGACAACGGCAGCCCCAUUACCAAUUACCUCAUCCAGACCAGGACUCCCUUCACUGUGGGCUGGCAGAGGGUUAACACAGUCCCGGAGAUAAUCGAUGGGAGCACACUGACGGCCACUGUAGUGGACUUAAAUGCCUGGGUGGAGUACGAGUUUCGUGUUUUGGCUAAAAACAGUGUUGGGGUUGGAGAACCGAGCCCUGUGUCGGUCAAGACCAGGACAGAGGAUGCAGUCCCUGAUGCAGCCCCCGGUGAUGUGGGUGGAGGAGGUGGAAGCAGGUCUGAACUGGUCAUCACAUGGGAGCCUGUCCCCGAAGAACUGCAGAAUGGUGAGAGCUUUGGUUACAUCAUUGCUUUCCGCGCCUUCGGAGAAGUUAGCUGGACUCACGUGGCCACCUCUGCCCCUGGCGCGUCGCGCUACGUGUACCGCAACGAAAGCAUCGCGCCGUUCUCUCCAUUUCAUGUCAAGGUUGGAACUUACAACAGCAAAGGACAGGGUCCCUUCAGCCCUGUGGUCACCAUCUAUUCUGCAGAGAUAGAGCCAAGUGGGAUGCCAGCGGGAGUCUGGGCCAGAAGUGUCUCAGCCUCUGAGAUUGAGGUGAAUUGGCAGGCUCUCUCCUUCACCCCUGAAAGGGUUCUGGGCUAUGAGGUGGUUUACUGGGAGGAUGACACCAAACCAGAGACCAUGGGGAAGGUUAGAGUGCCAUGGAACCAGACGUCGGUCACAGUGAGCGGCUUGGCAGGAAACACGCAGUAUUUCCUAACGGUCAGCGCUUUCAACACAGCAGGCACUGGCCCCUUCCUCCCUGCAAUCAACGUGACAACAAAAAAGCCACCGCCGACCCAGCCGCCACUGAAUGUCGAAUGGACCCUAAUUGGCUCUCACUUGUCUCUUUACUGGGAGCCUGUGGUGGCGAUGGAAUCAGAGUCAGAAGUUACAGGCUACCAACUGUCAUACAGGAGACAGAGACACAAAGAGGUAAACACACUCACAACAGCCAAUUCAACAGCAGAGCUGACCCUCCCCGAGGAAGAGGACGACUACAUCAUCCACAUUCAGACGCUGAGCGAAGGAGGGCUGGGCCCGGCCUCGGACCCCAUACGAAUCCACCAACUAAGUAUGAGCGCCCGCGGCUCGAGAGCCUGCAGCGUGGACGUCUCCCCCCUCUCCCUGCUCCUCGCCAUCGCAAUAUCAACAUUCAGCGCAAAGGAGCAGGUGGAGAAAAGCUCCGGAAUCCAAGGCCAGGUCAGGUGCAGCUCGCAGGAUACAGUUUGUAUUAAAUGUGGAGACAAAAAGGUUUUCCUUCCCCCCGAUGAGUGUCAAUAACGUUAUGAAAGCAGUCUUUGAAUCCUGUUAUGUUGUUUUUGUGGCUUUACGUGUGGUUAAAUCUGUAUACAUUCUCUCAUCACAGAAUGUCAUUGUUAAGCUAACAAAUGUUUACACAGGAAAAAUGCAUCUUUCUGGCUGAUUUAUUGAUUCUGCUGAACUGGAAAAAAAGACAACAUUACAGUUUAUGAUCUCGUGUCUUGGGUACAUAGAAGCAUUGCCAACCUCUUUGUUUUGUAACGUGUCAGUACUGUGGAGAUGUUUGGAUUUUUGAUUUGAUUCUCUUGUUUUAAUGUUUGAUAUGGUUCCUGAUUGUUUCUUCUUCUUUUUUUUUCUUCUAAAAACUCUGCACAAAGGUCAAGUGUUGCUUUUAAAUUAACAUUUAAGAGCCGGUGUCGGCUCGUUCAAAAGCCAGUUCGAUCGGAUCUCUCUUGCCUUCAUACGGUAUACUGUACAUGCUGUAUGUGUUUUUCUUGUGAUUUGAAGCAAUGCCCCCCUGCUGGGAGACCAAACUGUGGUGUCCUACUUCCAAUUGUAAUUCUCAGUCGAAAACCCAGAAUCUGAAAAAUACAUGAGCAGAGGGAAAUAUUUCUUAGCAGCUGCUAUCACACAGCCUUUUGGUGCAGUGACACAAACACUACCUGUUACAGGGUAGUCAGCCAGUGCACAUCAGACAAUACAAGCUGUACUAUCUACUAGUACUUUUUGUAUUUUUAUAACAGAACAACUAUACAAUUUUCUUGCUACCUUCAUGAUCGGGAAAAAGGCAGGAAUGAUCAGAAAAAUAAUAAACGAGUUACCCGAAAUUUGCAAUUCCACAGAGAUUGGCGAAGAAAUCCAAUUAGAGCUCUGGGUGACAACGCUUGGCCUUUCUGUUGUGACUCCUCAGUAAUUUUUGGUGUCCGGGUGAUCUCCGUGAGAUCGUGGCAAAGUUAACGUUUUCACAUUGAAAAGUCAUCAGCUGAUCUUGAUAUGCUGAAGCUGUGCAUGUACGAUAUUGUUUGGUGCAUCUGUGUUUUCUAAAUGAGGGAGUUAAUAAAAACAAUUCACUGAG